AUGAACCGUGAACCUCAAACAAUCAACAACCGUGGGUCAAAGGUCAACAGUCAAAGAAAAGCCGAAACUCGUGAAAAAACAAAAGACGUGUCAGCUUUCCGUGAUGACGUCAUCGUCCACGCUCACGAUAAUAUGAGAAAACAUAUACCGAACAAACUAGCAUUGCAAAUGGAGACUGUUGACGUGAAAGUCGAUUCGGGUGUUACUAACAACGACUCUGCUGACGACAAGGCGAGCAUGGCGCUUAAUACUCUGUCCAACGUCAACGCCAAGGAUUUCGUCCAGAAGCAGCGAGAGAAUCUCAAACCUUGGCAAGAGUUCUUGAACACCUCGAAAGUUUCCAAACCCAGGAGUGUUGCACAUCUUACGUCCAGAGUUACAAAGAACCUUGAACGCUUCCAAAGUAAUUAUUUACUGGUAUCCAUUGUACUCUUCAUAUAUUGCAUUAUAACAUCGCCAUUAUUGUUAGUUGCUUGUAUUUUCCUUGUUGGUGGAUGUUACUUGAUCAAAGCUCGACAAGCAGCAGGAAAAGUCAUUCUGUUAGUUACUCGAACAUCAGGACAGACUCUGGAUUAUAAUGAUCUUAGAAAUGGUCGUGAAUUAACAGUUGGCCAGCAGUAUUUAGCUAUCACGCUAUUUUCAUGUCCCUUGUUUUUCCUUGCUGGUGCUGGAUCUGCUGUGUUCUGGGUUAUUGGCGCCUCAGUGUUUCUCGUCAUGCUCCAUGCUUCAUUACUGCAAAUUGAAGUAGCAGAAGAACCGGACACUGAUCUCACCAUGGAAACCGUGUAAAUUAACCAAACUUUGAAACAAAACUUGAAUCAAACAGUACAACACAACAUUUGUUCUACUUAUUUAUUUAUUUUCAUUUCAAAAAAAUUAAUAUUCAGAGCUUACUUAAUACAUUUUUCCCCUGGGGACUACUGUCAGUACAUGUCACUUUUACACUUACUUUAGUACAAAUAUUCUCUUAGCUAUUUUGUUUUUCUGAUGUAGUUUUUGUGCAAUAUCAGAUGAUUUUACAGCAAGUCUGUAACAUUAAUUUUAAUACUAUAGAAGUAUAAUUUUCAAAUUUACCAUUUUUGGAAUUGUUUUAACAGUUUUAUUUCGUCACUAGGAUUGUUUGUGAUA